CGACCGUGAAACAAUUAGCAUUCUCAAAGGCUGCUAGCGUGACCAUCUUUAACUUUGGCCGAAUUAAGGUACACCAGACUCAUGGAAGCAGAGAACUCAAGACAGGAAACUUUGGGACCAUCUGGUGCAACACAGCUUCCAGAGAGCACCAACUGUCUUGCAUGCUCGGAAGACGGCAGGUUCCUCAGUCUGGGUCACUCCCAGGGCUUGUCUGUGUGGUGUGCGUCUUCUCUGACCUGUGUUGCAGACUGGCUUGAGGACAGACUGGAAAUUACAUCUAUUCAGAUGAACAGAAUGGCUGAGUUGGCCUAUCUACUUGGCACAAUUGAUGAUAUGGGUGUUGCCAGAGUCUUUGCAUAUCACUGUGACAGCAUUCACCUCCUCAGUGUUGUUAACAUCAUGGAAGAUAUCAACAAAAGGAGCAUUUGUUUGACCUUUGAAAUAUCUCAAGGGGGACAUUAUGGAGCUGCAUCAAUCAGUUGCAACGGUGCUGUUUGGCUCGAAGUCUAUCACUUCCCAACAGAAACCUGGCUGAAGGAGUUAGAGAUGGCAGUGUCACAGACGCAGGAACCAAACUCUUCUGGAGAUGUGGAUGUGAAAUGGUCUCCAUUGUCAGUGGCAACUAAAAUAAAGCCACCCAAAAUUCCAGAAGGGAUGGCAUUGGAAGGUCCAGACGAGGUGCAGACCACAGACUUUUUGACACACUAUUUGGCUUUGGACAUAGUCACCAAGUGUCACCGACACUCUUUGAAUACAAAUGAAGAAAAAUCAAAAGAAACAAAUGAAAGCCUGAGACGUUGCACCCAGCACUUUCUUCUGCCUUGUGGUCAGUUUCCUGGGGACCGUAAAGAAAAGUCUCAGCCAGAAUUGCCUGUUGCUGUCUGUGUGUGGUGGAGUGGCAGUCAUAAUCUUUUUCAAUAUUUGCUGCAAAAAGCACCAACAAGCAAACCAGAUGCCGAACCCAUGCCGGAUAUGUUGUGGCCAAACACGAAGGAAAUCCUCUGUUCUGCUGUUAGUAGAUGCAACUGUUACAUAGCUCUUGGACUGGAUAAUGCUUUAGUGUGUGUCUGGGACAGACGAUCUGGGUCUCCAUUGUCUGUUGUCAUAAUUUCAGCAGUAGACAGUGCCUUCUCCAGGAUGCAAUUUGUGGAUUACUGGCCUGUGUCUACUGAUGAUUCCCAGACUUUUCCUGUAGCAGAGGUCCAUCUUUUGGUGGUGUGUAAAAGUGGAGCAAUUCACACAAUCACCACAGGACGAGGGACACAAUCCUGCGCAAUGCUGCUCACUGAAAGGCCAAAAGACAGUGGGGACCUCUCAACUAUCACUGCAUCAGUGCCAUUCCUGCAGGGCUUGUUCCUUCAGGUGCAAAGAGAUGGAAAAAUGUUCCUCCAAGAUGUCAUCAACAAACAAACUGUGUGCUUUUUGAUGCCUCCUAAAACUCAUCUGAUUGCUACCUCCUGCAACCCUGUUUAUGCUCUGAACAGCCAACAGCAAACUCUGCUCAUACGAGGUGAUCAGGACCCCAGCUACAGAGCAUCCUCUAAAGAAGACAGUCAGAGUCAGCUUUUCAUCUUCCAUUUUGGAGAGUCUGACAUCCUUAAGCAGUAUAUUGCUUCACCUCCAGACUCUCCACGACAAAAAACACUGAGCUUUGACACUUUAGAGGAAACCUGCAAUCUCUACCUUCAGCAAAGAGCACUGUGUGUGGAUGAAAGGAAUAAAGCAAUCACCCAAACAUGGAAGAAGCUACAGGAAACUGCAGUGAUGGCACAACAGGGACACAGCAGAGCUGCAGCCAGCUGAAGUACUGCAACAAAUGGUACAGUCAUGUAUCAUUUAUGUAGCAAAAACAAAAACAUUGAGGAAAUUUGAGGAGGUGAUCCCGACUUUGUCUUACUCUGUUUCUUGUGUUGAAUUAUACAACAUUGUGUGUGGUGCUGGAAGGCCAUCUCUAAUAUGUAUUUUAAAAAGAUGACUGUAUUCGGUCUGAUUAUGACUGAACUCAGUCAUGGUACGUUGGCAUUUUGUUGCCUUUGGGGUCCUUGAAUAUUUCAUAUGUCAUGUUUUUAAUGUCAGAAGACACAAAAAAGAAAGGGCAGGAUGCAGAGAUUUUAAAUUUUUAUAUUCUAUCAGACAACAGUCUUAAAAUAUACCCAUUCAGGGCUUUGACUGUCUAGACUGUCAAGGUUUAGGUUUAGUUUUAGUUUAGGCAGUUCUGUGGCAAAAGUAGAGGUAUGUUCUUGUGCACCUAAAAAGCCACAUGCCACUGAUACUGUUUAUUAUUUAAUGAAAAAAAAUUGAAUUGAAAAUUCAAUGAUUUCUUUGACCUAGUGACCCAACUGAGAAGUUAUCCCAAUAUGUGACAACAUAUUACAUAACUCAAUAUGUAAUUUCAGUUUUUAGGGCAUUUUUUCUAGUAAAGCCAAGGCCAGAAACUGCUUUUCAGAUUCAUUUGUACAUGAAGGAAAUGGUGGGAGGCAUUAGUAGCCGUGACACAUUCAAAUACAAGGGAGCAUAAUCAACUGCAAAAUAUGCCCAUAUUUAUUGAGUACCAGGGUAACUAGACGAAUUAUUAUAUAAUUAGAAUAAAUACAUGAAAAUUAGAUGAAAAAAAUUUUAGAGAUGGACUCAGAGUGGGAAGAUCCUAAUCUGUCAGAGAGUACGUAGUUCAUCUAUAACCAAUCAGUUACGUUCAGAUGUAGGAUUAUUCCUGAUUGGCUCCUUCUUUGAGCUUAGACUGAUGGCAGAACAUACUUGUGUUCAUUUCACACAGCUCUACACUGUUGCAUCAUUUGUAUUCCAUCUUCACAAGUCAUAUCAGAUCAUAAUGUGGCAGCUCUCUGUGAAAGGGAACUGCUACUGACACCAAUUUUAAUAUAUGCUUGAGACUUAAUUUCAAUUUCUAAAAGCUUUACUGAGGGUUGAUGCCAAAGGGCCACAUGUCGUUGAGAGCUCUAUUCAAAGAGCUUGGCAUGUGUUACUGUCAACAUCAGCUUUGUAUUUGAAAAAAGAAUCAGUCGGUAAAAUAAUACAGCAGUGGCCUCUUGUAUUAAACCAAGCACCUACAAUGAGGCAGAGACUUAAAUCAUUGUCACUGUUUGCUGUUUUUGUUUUUACACUCAUUUGACUUUUCAUCUGCCUCCUUUAUGUGUUGUUCUUAGAGAUCACUUCCUUGUGACAUUUCUUGCGUCAGCCACAUUUUCUUUUACUGUAACAAAACAAAAGUGCCAUCAUCACUCACACUGUGAGCUUGUUUUAUUACAAAAUGAUUCAGAAACAGUGAAAUGCUGUUGCUGAGAGGAGUAGCUCUACAUUUUGCUAAAUAGACCUUUUUUUCGAAGUGACAUGAUAGUAUUCCACUCUCAUGCUUG